AUGGCAGGGACGGAGAAAGGACACACGAGACAGCUGGAAGAGGGUUUGGGGUUCAACGGUUUAGGCGAGGAGCAAGCCCAAGAGCCCCAAGGGCAGCAGCAAGGCGCUGGAUGGCUGGAGCUCAGCGACAUCGACAGGAUCACCAUGGAAGCAGCGUCGCCGUCAGGGCCAAAGUCGAUCUCCGACAGGGAGCUAGACAAGAGUAUUGGCUUUAGGGUUUAG